AUGGUGAACCAGGAGCGGCUGAACAUCAACACGGCCACGGAGGAAGAGCUCAUGACCCUGCCCGGUGUCAACCGCCCCGUGGCGCGGAGCAUCGUGGAGUACCGGGACUGCACCGGGGGCUUCAAGAAGCACUCCCCGUCCUCCCUGCGGAGAGACCCGGAGCAUAUGUCCUUCUGCAGCGGCAUGAACAUCAACACCGCCGUCCCGCCGCAGCUCAUGAGCAUCCGCGGCAUCACGGAGAAAAUCGCCCGGAACAUUGUCGCCUAUCGGACCCAACACGGUCCGUUCAAGAGCAUCGAGGACCUGGUUCGGGUCGAUCACAUAAACCGCUCCCUACUGGACAAGAUCCGUUUCCAGGUGUUUGUGGAGCGCUCAAGAACUCCGUCCACCAAUACCAACGGCGGGCUGACCUACACGGGUCGGUCCCAUCCGAGCCCAACCUCGUUCAGCCUCCGGAGCGACGACCUCGACCUCCCGCCGGGAGGACCCACGCAGAUGGCGUCCCUGCGGCCCCGCGAGGCACCGGCCCCGGGCCCGCGGGACAGCCGGGCCACGGUGCGCCUGGCCACCUGGGACCUUCAGCGCUGCUCCAGUGAAAAGGCCAACAACCCUGGCGUCAAAGAGGUCGUGUGGCCAUUGUCCACGGCGGCCGGGGUAUACCAUGACCUGACGGGGCAGAGGGUGGAGGUCCUGUGGCAGAAGGCAGUGUCUGGGUGGGCUGCUAGGCUGGCCCAGGUGCUGCCCCCCUUGCUGGACAACCCCCAGCUCCGGCCGCUGGCCCAGGCCACUCUGGCUACCAUGGGCACGGCCCUGGAUGUGGCAGGGCAGCAGACGUUCCUCUGGGUGGAGUCAAAGUUGACGGCAGCUCUGUCCGGCGUCAGGAGCCGUCUGGCCUCAGUCUACCAGCUGUCCCCCAGUGAUUGCUCCGUUUCCGUGGCGAUACCCCUGCCACGGGUUUCCUGGGCACGUAUGGCGGAGUCUGGCCUGGUGGAGAUCCUUCUGGAGGAGUGGCUCCUCAGGCCCCUGAAGGCCUUCACGUCCAUCAGGCCCAACUUAGAGUUCUACCGCCUGAAACACAGGGUCAUGGACAGCCCCUUUCGAUACCAAGCUCUGCUGGUUGCGAACCAGUAUGUGGUGUCGUUCGACGGUCUCCUGUUCCAGCUCCCAGCCUGGUCAUGUCCGGUGGUGUUGGCUCAGGACCGGUCCCAGAACCCCACCUUUACUCUGCUGCUGAGUCCCCGCCGCCAGUCGCAUCAUGGUCUGUUGCUGGACAUGAACCACAGCACCCUCAACAUCUAUCCAGAUGGACAGGUGAAGACCAGCUGCCCCCCCGCUGCCACCCCAUACAGGGAGCCCCUAGUGGCCAUCCAGAGAACCGCACACACAGUGGAGGUUUCCAAUCAGAAUGGAGUGUCGGUCUCAUGCGAUCUGUUGCUUGACGUGUGCAGCCUCACUCUUGAUGGAUGGUUGCAUGGUACAACUGUUGGCCUCCUGGGAACCAAUGAUAACGAAGCAGGGAAUGAAAUGACGUUACCCAACGGGUCUCGAGCGGCAAGCAGAGCACACUUCCUCCGCAGUUGGCAGGUCUCCUCUAACUGCAGCCGUGCUGAAGGCCCUCUGGAGGAAUGCUCUGGGGCCGCCAUGCAGGGCCCGGCCGGCUGCCAUGCCCUCUUCUCCUCGGCCCACUCCCCACUCAGCUCCUGCUUCAGGGUGUUUGAGGCUUGCCUGGAAAUCAAAUAA